GACAGAAACGGCGGCUCGGUUCGAGGUUAGUUCUGUCCGCGCACGAGUCGAGAUAACCGGAGAAUUCGUCCUGAUAUCGUCACGGGACAAGUCGCGACACGAACGAGUAACGAUGACCUUUCGCUCGUGUCGGGUGGUGGCACGGUGAGAAUCAACCGGUAACCGAGUUUCCACUGGAAAGUCCAGAUAAAACGAACUACGACUCGGUGGUGAAGAAGCGUAUGCUGUAUCUGUGAGUAGAGGAGUUAGACGAAGGAAGAGAGAGAGAGAGAGAGAAAGAGAGAAAACGACGGUGGACCCGGCUUCGUCGAGUGGUAGGUCGAAGCGAAAGAGCUAGUGUCCAUUGUGCGAGUCAACGGUGUACUUCGACCAGCGCCAUCGUCACUCGCUACCAUCGACAUGGAAGAUACAGAAGCGGAAUAGUGUCGUUGAGAUGCUGUGAAGUAGUCCCGAGACAUGAAGAGAGCGCGACCGUGGGCCGUGUGGGUUUCUCUGAGUCGGAACCGGCGAUAGCAGAGCCUCGAUCAAAAUGAGUAUUCUGAACACGGAUUCGGAAAACCGCGUGAUCCUGAACGUGGGCGGUAUCCGGCACGAGACGUACAAGGCGACUCUGAAGAAGAUCCCCGCGACCAGGCUGUCAAAGUUGACCGAGGCUCUCGGUAACUACGACCCGAUCCUCAACGAAUACUUCUUCGACAGGCAUCCGGGGGUCUUCGCCCAAGUGCUCAAUUACUAUCGCACAGGGAAGCUCCACUAUCCGACAGAUGUGUGCGGACCGUUGUUCGAGGAGGAACUCGACUUCUGGGGACUCGACUCCAAUCAGGUGGAACCAUGUUGUUGGAUGACAUAUACCCAGCAUCGGGACACGCAGGAAACGCUGACAGUCCUCGACAGGUUGGACCUCGAUACCGAGAAGCCGACGGACGAGGAACUGGCAAGGAAGUUUGGUUUCGAGGAGGCAUAUUACGAGGGCACUCUCACGUGGUGGCAAAAGCUCAAGCCCCAGAUGUGGUCGCUGUUCGAUGAACCCUACUCCUCGCUGGCAGCCAAGGUGAUCAGCAUAGUCUCGGUCCUGUUCAUCUGCAUCUCGAUCUUGUCGUUCUGCCUGAAGACGCAUCCGGACAUGCGCGUGCCGGUGAUCGUGAACCGAUCGGUGAACACGGGGAACGGCAGCUCCUGGGCGGUGGAUAAAACGCAUACGAACGCUCACGACUUCUUUUUCUACAUCGAGUGCGUGUGCAACGCCUGGUUUACUCUCGAGUUUCUAAUACGGAUUACCGCGAGCCCGAACCGGUGCGUGUUCAUCAAGAGCUCGGUCAACGUGAUCGACAUGGUAGCUACCGUCAGUUUCUACAUCGACCUGGGGCUACAGCGUUUCGCCUCGCAUCUGGAGAACGCCGAUAUACUCGAGUUCUUGAGCAUCAUACGUAUCAUGAGACUGUUCAAGCUAACCCGUCAUUCGUCCGGCCUGAAGAUUCUCAUCCAGACGUUCCGCGCAUCCGCCAAAGAAUUGACCUUGUUGGUCUUCUUCUUGGUCCUUGGCAUCGUGAUCUUCGCCAGUCUGGUCUAUUACGCGGAACGUACCCAGUACAAUCCGAAGAAUGAUUUCAAGAGCAUACCAUUGGGAUUGUGGUGGGCUCUGGUCACGAUGACCACCGUCGGUUACGGAGACAUGGUGCCGAAAACCUACAUAGGGAUGUUCGUCGGCGCGCUGUGCGCCCUUGCCGGUGUCCUCACGAUCGCCCUGCCGGUGCCCGUGAUCGUCAGCAACUUUGCGAUGUAUUACAGUCACACGCAGGCGCGAGCCAAGCUACCGAAGAAGAGACGCCGUGUAAUUCCGGUCGAACAGCCGAGAGUACGGACUCUGGGUGCGCCGUUGGGAGCGGCCGGGGUUGCUGGCACUAUGGGGCCACCGGGAUGCACCCAACAGCACAUGCAGUCGGGUGGACCUACAUCGGGAUCCGGUGCUCUAGCCCCUGGCCUUGGACAGACGCCCGGGGUCGGCUGCACUGGCGGCAUGGGACCUCAGAACAGACGGAUGAACGCUAUCAAGACCAAUCAUCCCAAGGAUGUUUCGUUCGCCACUAAAACAGUGGGUUCCAGAGGAGGACCGGAGGAACUCUAACCUGCGGACCAACGGGACCAAGACAGCCGGAGGUUUGGGUUAAAGCUGAAACCAACGCUACUCUCCACCACUGCCGAGGCGCACUCAACCGGGGCGUCGGGACGACCUACCGAGCCGAACGGGAAAAACGGUGAGGGAGAGAAAGAGAGCCGGGGACGGAGGGGAAAGAUUGCCGGAGGAACGAGCUCAAGACGGGUAUCAAGAUUGCAUGGUCUAUAAGGGAAUAUUAGAUCGCUGCGGGUGAAACGUCGGAUUUUUGCCGCAACCACUUGCGACGCCUUUCACUGCGACCAUGCGUGGAUUAUUACAGCUGUCCUGGCUUCUUUUCGUUUCUGUUCGUUCCAGCACACGUAUGCGUAUGUACGUAUGUAUCAGCAUACGUGUGUAGCAGGGGUUGGGAGAAAUUUUGGCUGUGAAAUUCUGGCUUGUUGGUGGCUUACAGGCAAUCAUCGGGAUCUUAGUGGAUGAUAAAUCUUUCGAAAUUCGGUGAACGAGAGUUGCGCUCGAAAGGUUAGCAGGAGAAUGUAAAACUGAAAGUGUCCUAUUCUUCUUUAUUCGAGUUUUAUUAGAGCUUGAGGUCUGGUGAAUUUUUUGGUAAUGUUUAUGGUAGGAGAUUUUCAAUUUUAUAGAUUUAUAGAUACAUUCGUAUAAAACAGGUAUAUUUAUCACGUUAUAUUUCUUGUAUGUAACUUAUAAUUUAUUACGAUGUAUUUAAAUACAUAUUUUAUUUAUAUAUUUUUAUACUAUUUUACCAUUAAUUACAGAUAUAAUAUAUAUAACUUAAAACGUGUACAGCACGAGAGAAUAUGUUUGGCUAAUGCGUUGGAAAGAGGAAUUUUUGAAAUUUCCAGAGAUAUUUUCUCGAGGUAGGAACAGUCGUUGGGUAGAAGAGAAUAUUUCUGGCAAAUAUACCAAGCUGCUUGUUUUCUUCUUCUUCAAAAGCUUUGUAAGUUCGUACGAAGCUCGAAAUGACUAGAUAAGUAAAUAAUCUCUGUGUUUUUAUAAACGUAGACACGCGUUAUAUAUAAUACACGAUGGAAGAGAAGAAAACGCGAACUUUGUUGAUAUAAUACAAUCGAAUUAGAAGAUGGUAAAUUUCAUUUCGUCCUAUUUUAUUUCCGCUAAGUGAAAUUUAUGAAACAUUAACGAUCUGUUUAGUAUGCAUAAUACGUAUCGUGGUUAAAACACAAACGCGGGGAUGUUACAUGAAAUUAUACAAACAUUAUACGUUUCAAUUUUGUAACAAAUAUUUCAUGAAGUAUAUCGAAUUAACAUAGGACCAGUACUACUAAUAAAUGAGCCACUCUGAAGCGUAAACUGGCUAACUAUACCAUCUGAAAAUAACUUAAUUGUACCACGAGAAUAUAUAAUUACUGUUUGACUUUUCGAACCAGAACUGACCGCGACAUAAUUUGGCUUCUAUGCAUCUGCGAUAAGGAACGUAUCAGCCUUAAGUAUCAGCCGAAUUAACGUUUUACCUACAGCAUAUGCAAUCUUACGUCUUAAUUGCGAAUCGUUUCUAAUUACGUUUAACGUAAAAACAAGCAGCGUACGGUUUUCGAAUCGUAAAAUCGAAAUGCUCGUGAAAUUGCCAAGAACGAGGUACUUGCGUUGAAAGCGAUAAUGAAGGGCGUUCCAAAGCCUUAAAGCCGAACGCCAAAAACAGUGAGCAGCUUGGCCACCGGAAGUGGAGUCACGUUUUAAAUCAAAAGCUGCUAGAGGCAGCAAUUAAUUGGAGCUUUUAAUUAAAUCACGUCCGCAGCAACCUGCUAACCUUUCGGAAAGCAACAAAAACGAGGAAAAGAAGCGAGGGAGGCGAGAAAAGUAGAGGAGAAAAACUUCACGACCAAAUAAGAAGACAGCGGAGCGCCUUAAUAAACGAGGGUGGAGCGCGUGCGCGCACCAAACAUCCGACAUUUUACCUGCACCGAUCUAACGUUAUUCAGGGACUUCUCGCGAUACAUCAAUUCAGCUAAUGUAUCUUUUUCACUUUCUUCGAUCGUUUGCUCGAGCGAUCGAUCUCUCCUCUCCUCUCCAAUUUCUCCUGUCCGUUCUUUAUUCUCGCCACAACGUCUUCACCUCCCUCCAUUCUAGUAAACACGGAUCAUUCGCUCGUAUCAUUCAGAAAACACCGAGAACGCGCCUGGAUCGGUAAAAGAUCGCGCGUUGAUUCUGCUAAAUGUUUAAAUGAGAUUGAAAUGAAAGAAAGAUAGAAAGGAGAGUGGGGAGAAGCAAGGAAAAGGAAGUGGAUAAAGCGAAUGAGAUAAAAAUAAGAGAAAGGAGGGUAGAAGGUGUACACGGGAUGAAUGCGCAGGGCAGUGUUGGGUGAACGAAUGUUUGUUACUAGAAUGAAAAGGAAAAUGAAACCCGCUACUUGCAUGUUAUUCGCUUUGUUUCAAACUAUCCAAGCUAUCCAAGCGUUUUCGAUCAUUUCGCAAAGAAGUUUUGUAUUCGUCUUUACGUGCUAUAAAUAUUCUUUUCGACGGAGCAAUGUUAUUUCUUUUAUCCGAAAAAUUUAGAAGGACGAAUGCAAAAGACGUUGACUAAAUUCAUUUUAUAUGUUAUCCGAAAUAAUCGAAGCCCAACACUGGCGCAACAACUCGUUUGAAACGACGAGGAAUAUUCGUUGAUCGUCAAGCGGAAGUCGAGUGAAAGGCUCGUGUUGGUCAAAGUCGAAUAAUUUAUAAACCGGAGAGCACAGCUUCGCUGCCAAAAAUUCCUGAAAGUAUCUGGUAAAUGCUGCAGCAGCCGCGUAAUGAGACUGGCAGCGUCUCGAGGAGUUUAAAUAUUUGCGUACGGAACGUUCGUAGGAAUUUUUGUCAGGAUUCGACGUCGUACCAAGAAGAUCCCUCCUCCCCUUAAACGGAUUCGACUUUCCAUCUAUGAACCGUCGUCGAAAGCGAAUAAAAGGCCGCUCUUAAUUUCUCGAGAUUGCCGCUUUAAAUAUCGAUGAGUGAACAAUUUGCGUUUCUCAUUUCCACCUUUCAUCUGGAAACUUUCCUUUCCAAACGAUAUAAGGAACGAAACGAGAUAGCGAAUAAAACCUCAAUGUGGAAAAUCCUUGGAGAAAUUUCGGUGUUCUUCUGCCUUUCGCUGCACGAAAAGCAUAACAUAUUUAUUUCCCGCCAUCCUAAUAACAUCUCCGUUAACAAUCAUCGAUCGAUAAUUAAUCGAAAGAAAAUACUCAUCUCGCGAUACUUAUUGUUAGUAGCUGGUAAAAUCCGAGCGUCGAGGUCGAUAUUAGUCGAUGCCCUAAUUGAGAGGACCAAAUGUACACACGUGUCGCAUAAAACGUUGAUUGUUAACAAAUUUUGAUAUACCAUAAUUUUACCCCUAGUAGAGUGUAACGUAGUGAGUAAAAUAUUUAAUGGGCUGCCAUUUGCCUCGAUUGCCAUCUGAUCCUCUCAAUUGGUUCGAAGAUUAAUCGGAUAAUCGUGAAUAUUUGCUUCUAACUCUUGUAAUGAUUUAACAAGGCUGCGUUAACUAGCGAUGCAUAAUUUUCCAAACUAAAUGCAUAAAACGUUCGAACUCUGAGAAAGCUAAUAAAAGUCUGGUGAUACUCGCUUAACGCUAAGUGUAUACCACCGAUCGGAAAUGAAGCAAGUAAAGGCCGAGCGUCGAUUAAAGUCAAUUGCAAUAAAAUUCGCUACGCUUGUUCGCGGUCGCUAAAUAUUAAGCGACGCUGUACUCAGCGGAUGAGUGGCGAACCGAACAGGUUAAACGAAUGAAAUUUAUUUCCUAUCGAGACUACGAUGGCCAAGCUUUUUGUAUAUACGCUUCGUGCAUAUACCGCGUGCCGUUAAUGUUGAAGUAAGUUUGUUGAUAAUGAGAAAACGACGAUGCAACGAAAAGUUGAACAUUUCUCCGGAUUUUCCUUAAAACGUAAGAUUAACAAGAAACGAUUAUACGGAACUACUACGGUAUUAAUAUAGCGUAUGUAAUAACAUAAAAAUAUCUUUUCGGAGAUGAAAUGCUGAUAAAAUUCGAGCAACUCGAGGACGAGGGAUCUUUGAUGUACACGCGCGUAUACACACAGUCAAGCCUCGAAACUGAACACUCAUAUACGUCCAAGUACGUGUAAAUAUUCGGAUCAAUCGCGAUCCAAAUACGAAAACCACACAGGCUGUUCUAUACUCCUUUGUUUCUAUUUUCGGCUGUUUUCUGCGUAAACGAUUCUUCGUUUCUUCUUUGUUCUUUGACGAUACGUAUAUAUUUGCUCGCUACGACAGAUAAAAUUUAAAUUCAGAUUUUUACAAAAUAUGGGAUCAAUGCCAGUUUAAAGUAUCUUUUCUUGUAGUUAUAUAUUUCGGAAUAUAUUCUUACGCGUUUAUUUUUGGAUCGUAUAGAGAGAAAGCAGCCUUCGUCAUUUAACGCUUAAGAAGCUCUAAAGUUGUGAAUCGUCAUAUCGACGCGAUAUUAUUAUCUUUAGGAGCAGUAUUCUAUCUGAAACCAGUGAUGUCGUUUCCGCGUUACGUACAACAAACCUUCCCUCUUCGUGUCUACUUCUGACACGUUUAAAAAAGAAGCUGACUAUUUUAUAAAAGAAAAAAAAAGAAAACAUUGCGAGUAAAGAAGUUGGACGAGUCGUAUGCACUUUAAAUUAAUCGAACGAAACUAAAACUCUAAGGAAUCGUUGAGAUAAAAUAAAUUAUAUUCUUUACAAUGUUUUCAUAACGCGUUCUUAAUCGUAAAACUGUUACUUUAAGAUUUUGGAAUAUUUACAGUACUUCGAACGAAUAUUUGAACGUUGAUGAAUAAAAUGGAACUGAACAAUGUAACAUGCUCAAAAAUUGACUUAAGUACGAUAUACAAGGUAACGGUAUACUAAUUUCUAUAAGAUAAUUCGAAAUUAACUUCUCUCUUGGACACGGAAUAUCGUUGAUUUCUCAAAAUUAUCGGUCUACAGCGUAGACUUUAUUUCGUCGUUAAUACAGAGAAAUUUGUACAAUCGACUCAGUGCCGUCCAUCAAGCUACUGUAUUUACGUAUAUACGUUGUGUAUGUCUUUUAUAUAUAAAAAAAAAAAUCGUUGUAACAGGUAAAAAGAUAAAAAGCUAAGAAAUGUAAAAAGAAAUUCUGAUGUUUCAUGAUAACGUUGUCAUUCUUGAUGGACGUUUAGCUGUCAUAAUUUUAGGAUUAAUAAAAGGCUUUGGAUGGAAACGUUGCUCAAAUGAUAAUAAUUCGAUACGGUUUUUUAAUUACUUUCAAUAAUUCUACAUGUGUUUUAUGAUAUUUUCAUGUCUUUCUUUGAUUUACUGUGAUAUCGUAUACCACGAUCGAAUACAAAAAUGAUAUAUAUAAAAUUCCUACCUUUAACGCGCCUAUCGACUCGACUUUUAACGUAACAAUUCUCCGUUCUGUACUUUGACCAAAUAAUAUGAAUUUUUAUAAUGAUUUCAUUAUUCGAGAAACACACGAUCCUAGAUACGAAAAAUCAGAAAAGAAAGAAACGUUAACAAACAUUACGCACCAUGCUAACAAGAAAACAAGAAGAAAGUAUACACGAAAUCUAAUGGAAAUACGUCAACAUGUAAAGAAGCGACUUAGGGAUACGAUAAUCUGGUCGCGAUGUUGUUAAAAAUAAUUUUCUAAGCAAUAUAUGUAUACAUGUGACAAUAAUUUACUCUUAAAAACGGUUAUUAAAUCAACGGUUUUCUAAAAAGUAAUCGGUAGAAAUGAAAUAAGGACAUUAAAUGAACGUAAAGUUAAUUAGAAUAAUUCGUAAAGAACAAUUGUCGAACUCUCAAGGGAGAACGAAAGGGUAUGCCGGUCGCACCGAUGAAUAAAACUAAGCCAUCCGACGUGUAUUAACGCGAGACGAUAUCACUGGUGACAGAGGUUCCCUGGAAGAACGAAAACAUCGUGUUGCAGCGUUCGAGGCGCGUUCGAGGAACGAUAAAGUUGAAUUGCGGUCGAGUCUCGACAAUUUCGACGCACUUAUCGCACAAGUACACCCCCACACAUGCAUAGAACACACGCUCGUCCACCUGUGACACAUAGCUGUACACGUACAAACGCAAAUAUUCACCGACAGUUCAUAAGUACUUAACCAUGCUGAAAAAAUUACAGCGAGACAAUACAAACCGUAUUGUAUGAUACACGUAAUACAGGGUGAUUCUAAACGAAAAUGAAGGGACGAAUUGAAAGGCAAAGGGGAUGAAAAUAGACGACGAAUGUCCGCUUGUUGUCUACGUAUAGAUCAAUAUCGACGAACAGAAGGGAGAACUAAGAUUUUUGACCUCUUAUCUAUUAUCGUUUCUUAAUCGAAAUUAAUAAACGUAUAAUGCGAUUGUCAGGCAAUACGAUUAUAUAUUUUUAGAAUUAUAUUUUCUGUUUUCUCGGACAAAUACAGAAAAAAAAUUUUCCUUUCUAAUGUUUUCUAUUCCUACGUCGAUAUUGGUUUGUAGACACUGCGAGAGAUGGGCAUUUCUCGUCCAUUUUUGUACCCCGUGGCCGUAAUAUUUAUUACAUUUUUAAUAUAAAAGCAUUUUAAGACGGUACUUGAUCAACGUAUGCUUUGUUAAAAUAUAGUGGAUAAUCGUGUCAUUUCAUUAUCAUGCGCACAUCGCUAUAAUAUGUAUGCUUGGCAAAAGACAUUUUUUUACUUGCUAGAAUGAUAUCGCUCGUUGUACAUUCUUUCCACGAUAACGUACCCGUUUAUUCAUUUAGAUAUAACGUUUAAACAAAAGAGAAAAAAGAAAAAAAGCAAAAAAUACCAGACUCGAAAGCUACCAAAGAAACGUAGAAAAUGUUGAAUCCAGCAGAGCAAAAGUGAUCUACAAGCCACCUAUUCAAAAUUGAAAACGAGAAGAAAGAGUUUUCUAGUUUUCAAUGCUUCGAACGAACAUUGUAUACGAAACUUCCGUCGCUAAAUUUCAAAGCAUUGUUAUCUUCGGAACGACACAUUCAAUUACUACGAAAAAAGAAAAAAAAAGGAAAAGGAAGGGAAUAAAAGAAGGGAAAAAACACGGAACACCUAAAGCAGCAUUGAUCCAAGUAUCCUCGCGUCGCGUUUCUCAUCUUCCUCGAAGAAAACCUUCCGCGUGCCUGCGACGUGUACGUCGCGGUGCAAGUGUUUGGACAAAUAGUUGUGAACUUACCCGAGUAAAGAUGCAGAAGCAAAACGACUGAAAGAAACAAAAGGAUAAAGAAAUACAAUCAGGGAAAAAUAGGGGGAAAAAGAAAAUAAACGAGAAAACAAACACUAACAAAAAAUACAACACGACAAGAACACAUGACCAGGUUCACUUAGAGAAAACAGAAGUUCGACGCGAGAGAUCGAACACUCGUUUUUCCAGAGACACCAGCAGCAUGUAUAUUCAUGUACAUGACCAGCAUCAUGUAUGAAACGUAUUCGUACGUGACACGCACACGAUACGCACCCUGAAUACCGCCGGGACCAAUCGAACCACCCCCUGUACAACCCCACGCUGCAAAAUCCGUCUGAUCCUCAAAUUGCGUUUAAAGAAAAAUUACACCGUCGUCUAGACUACGGAAGACGGAAGUGUAAGAAAGCGCCAUUUGUAUUUACGAUUCUGUGUACACGCGUUUGCACGCGACAGAGAAAGGAGAGAGAGAGGAUAAGAGUCGAAACGGCGAUAUAAGCGGGGGAUGGGGGAAUGACAGGGCCAAGUGGAGAACGUGGCAAGCAUAUCAAGCGACCAAUAAUAAGGCGCACUUUGACUCCUUCGUGAACAGGACCAGGUGUUUCCAGGAUUUAUACGAGACUCGUAGGUCAUCGACAAACCAACAGAACAGGACGAACAGAAAACAGCGAACCAGAGAAACGUAUUUGAAAAACAUCUUUGUGAACGUCGGGGAGCGACUUUCAUGCGCAAAGAUGCGUGAAAGAUCAAAGGAAGUCGAAUAUUUGCCCGCGAGCGAAUCGUUCGAGCUGAUUCUGAUGCGAUCAGCGAGGUUUGGUUGGAGAAACUGAAUGUGAAUCGAGUUUCGGGUGAAUCGGAGGUGAAGUUGUUGGGGAGGAGAAAUCGAGCAGAGAGUUGGGAGUUUUGUUUUUGUUGGCACUCCUGGACAGUUUUAUGGUAGUGCCGUAAUUUAGAAGGGGGUUGAAAAUGGUUGGCGAUAAGCCAGAAAAGGGAGGAAAGUGGAAGAUGAAGAAUAACUGCGAUAUCUGCGAGUAUUGAGAAAUUGAAAAUCUAGGGAAUAGAAUAUGGACGUGAUUUUAUGAAUAAUGACUUUUUAAACAAUAACGAAUUUUAAUAAAUAAUGGGUUUAUCGUUCAGAGGAGAUAAUAUAGCGGUCGAUAUAUACGCGUUAAUGGUUGAAGUUAAAUGCAGCGUGACAAGAACGAAACGGGAAACGAAACUUUCGAGUGAAUUUCUGCUUCGAUUUAUUCGACAUUCGUAAGAAUGAUCAGAACGAAAUGAAAUAAUUAUUUAUCGGAUAUCCAACAAAGAAACUAUUGUACAAUGUCUCAAAGUUAUAUGCGAAUACCUAACCGAGAAAAUAAUAUCACUUUACUACUAGGUACUACUGCCAGAACCAAAUAUUAAUCUCAAAUACAAAAUAUUAAAAUGUUAAAAUAAAGUUAAUAUUUAAAAUAUUAAAAUACUAACCUCGUAAACAGGAAGGAACAUUUAUUAAAUGGUAUGGAACACAAAAAGAAAGUAAUCCUACGUUACUACUAACUUUAGAAAGAAAAAUGUAAAUUAUAAUUUUUAAUACGAAACGAUGAAAAUUCGAUUAUCGAGCUCCCACUGUGAUACGAAUCGGUGACGCUAAAAAUUUCGCGGAUAUUCAAUCGUACAUCAUCGGCAACUGGAUAAUUAACAACGUGUCUAGAAACGGGCAGAAUUCUAUCGUACGGACAACAAUUUUUUUUCGUUAAAUCUGCCCCAUGAACCGAAAACGUGAUUAAAUUCAGGCUCGAUUCACUUCAGGAACCGUUUCUACGCGAUUUGUCCGGAAUUUUCCACUCGUUGAUCCGACGUUAAUUAAUUAGUGGCGAAAAUUAAAUGCGAGAGGAGUAAGAAGAUACCGUGACCUACCCAGAUGCAACGUUUUUUGAAGUUGAGGUAAAAUAGAGGAUGUAGUGCAGUGGAAAAAUUAAAAGUCACCUAAGGGUAAAAUUGAUUAUAUCUUACUUUUACGGUAAAACACGAACUUACGCUUGAACCGUAUACUAAAUAUUUAGUAAUAUAUCGAUAAAUAUCGUUUAAAAUAUCAGAACAGUUAUCGCGAAAUUAUUGAUUAAAUUUGUAUAUUUAUGAGUACGACGAUUCGAUCUUCUUUAAAGCACAUCGCCAUUAAACGUCUGCUUUUCAGUAGACUCCUUUAAUUUUAGACACCGCGAACUGGUUUAAUUGAAUAUCGAUAAUUUAGCAGCGGGUUGUUAGCAAUGCUGAAAGUGUUCUUAAAUCAGCAGGUGAAAACACGAUUCGAAUUAGUUGAACCGUAAGUCACUCGAAUAGAAUUUUCUUCGUUAGUUCAAUGCACAUGAAACGACGAUUUCAAGUUUCGAGGUGAGUUUAAGUUACCGCGGAAAACAAGGUGUAUGAUAAAUUUCUUACGCCUUCCUUUUAAUCGUUGCACACUGUCUGCUGCAAAAUACGGUGUACAAGUACAAGGCCUAUAAAUUAAAAAGCUAUCGUUCAUCGUAAAAAUGAUACGCUUCGUUCGAUGAACAACGCAAUUUUUGUUCAAAAAAUGGUACCUCGAUUAAAGAACGUGAAAUUCAUAUAAUUUGUUUUUAAAUCUGAUUGUCAACUUAAAUAUACGUAUAAAAAUUUGCAAGCAAGGCCUACUACCAUUAACACUAAGUAUAGCGUGUAACUGUCCAUAUUUUUGACGGAACAGAAUUGUUCUCGAAAUCUUAUUGUCGCACCUCGUGAACUAAAAGGUUAGUAGGAACUGUUCUAGUCACAGCCGAGCCACGAAUCUAACAAGUGGAACAACAGAGAAUCUGCAACGGUAAAUUACUGCUGCUCGAACGUGAUACACGAACCGCAAAAGAAAUCUUUCAACCGUGUGACACGAAUCACCGGUGAUCAAUCUUAUCUGAAACCUCUAUCUAUCCGAUCCCUUUACGAGUCCUACGUGCGUGGAUUACGCGUUGGCCACUCGAUUCGCCGUGAACAGAUAUAAAACGAUACGUGACCUGUCGCCCGGACAACGUGUACGACAAUCCGCAAAGUAUUCCCGAUCUUAUCUCUCUCCUUACACGCCCCUUGAGAAACACAAAAGCCAUAGAAUAUAGGCUGACGUUCUCUUCGCGCAAACGAGGCUUCGCGAAUCUGAUAUAUUGUUCCGUUGACGGCGAGUAAAUCCGAUCGAGGAUCGGAAAACAGGUUGGACGCCGCGGCAGGAUUUCAAUCGGUUGCCAUCGAGUCGGGUGUAAUUGAUAGAUUUCUAAACGAGGAAAUCGGAGAAACAAAGCGUACGGUAGCGGCACGAAAGGCUCAACCCUCGUGUUAUUAGCCGAGGAUAUGGGGUUGGUUACGGAGAAAUGGAUGGCAGGAGUUUGAGAAGCAGGUUUCGAGAGAAAUGGAAAUUAUGAGCCUCGGCUGGGUUAAGGAGAAGAGAAAGGUAGGAGUUUGGGAUUCGUUAAAGAGGAAUGGGAAGUUGAAGUUUGGAUUAAAGAGAAGUGGAAAAUGGAAGUUUUGGUUGGAUUAAAGAGCAGUGGAAAAUGGAAAGUUUUGGUUGGAUUAAAGAGCAGUGGAAAAUAGAAGUUUGGACUGGAUUAACGGAAAGUUGAAGGUGGAACUAUAGAUUGUUUUAAUGGGAAGUGGAACAUAAAAAUUUGAGUUACGUUGAGUUACGGAAGUGGCAAACUAGAGUUUGGGCUGUAUUAACGAGAAACGGGAACAUUGGAGUUUGGAGUAAACAGAAGUAGACAAUGAAAGUUCGAGCUGCGUGACAGGAUCAUGGAAAAGUAAUUUUAAAUUGUUAAUUUUAUCUUGUUAGUAGAGGUUAGUAAGCUCCCAUUGAAGCGAAUGAUAAAACCAAUCGUUAAUAAUUGCAAUUAAACGGUAAAUUUCCUACAGUUCCAAAAACUCUGAUCUCUAUUCGAUCCUGAUAAAGGUAAUGAUAGGAUAAAGAGAUGGCACGCAUCGAAACGAUUCUAAAAGUGAAAGAAAAAAGUUAUAAUGAGAUCCUGUUCACCGUAAAAUGUCCAGUCAUCGCUACAUUGACGGAAAAGAAACCGGUUCGCGUUGUCAUCCGUUCCAGUAUUUAACCUGGUACGCGUUUAUUCAAGUCCGUUAAAAGGAAACGCAGCUUGAGUUAAACUUUUUUUCUUGAUAGUCGACUAGUGUCCAGGUAUUAUCCAAAGAAAAAGUGCUUCAAAAUGUGCCGCGUGCGAACGAAGAACAGAAUGACGGAAGCAAUGGAAGAGAGUGAAAGAAAAUACGAAGAAAAAGAGGGAAAAGGUCGACGAAAAAAAAUAAAGAAGAACAAAAUGAAAGGAAUUGUACGCGUUUGCGGAUGUGCAGAAAGAAAAUAAAAGAUAUCUCUGCGAACGUAUAUAUGUAGCCGUGGAAACCGCUGUUGCCUGAUAUUAAUAGUGAAUCACAGCGACGGUACGCGUUGGCGAGGAAGAUUUUCCAGGCGAAUUGACGUUUUUCUCUUUAACACCGUUACUAAUUGUCACAGCAAAAUUGUUCAAAGAAAAUUGAAAAGCGAGAAAAUGUAUUAAAGAAGAAACUACAGAUGGAGAGAAAAAAAUGAUCGUCCAGCGACAGAAUUUCACGUAGAGGCGAGUAUCAAUUUGCCGCUUGCGUGAUACUACUUUUGUAUAAAAGUUUGUGAAUUUGAAAUUACCUCUCGACUUCUCGUCCAACGCAAAUUAAAUAUUUGAAAGCCAUAUAAAAAGUAUCUCGAUUUAGCUGAUAUUUAAUGGUACGAAAUUGUUACAAAGUGAAUCAUUAUUUGAGUUUGCGAUUAAAACGCGUUACCAGCAUGAAAUAUCGAACCGGUUGAUUUAUCACGGUAUAUAUAUGUAUAUAUACUGGCAUAUUUAAUCCAUUCAAUCUUAGAAACAGCUCUUAUUACUUCAUUUUCUAACGCGAUAAGUACCAACUGUUAACAAAGCAUUUGUAUUGUAAUAUAUGCAUUGUGUAAAAAGCAGAAUUCAGGACACAGAAAUAAAUUAUUUCUGUAAUACGCUACAGUUACGAUUAUUAUUCAAAUUUAUUUAACGUUGAAUGUUGAACAGAAAUACUCAUAAAGAAUGAAAAUUUAAGAUGUUAAAGAUAAAGUUUUAAGAGAAUAGUUAUAGUUUUUAUGGAAUUUUAAGAAAUAUCAUGAUAUCGAUGAUAAAAGAAAAUUUGAAUAGAAUAACGAUGUUACAUCUAGAAUAAAAUCUGGUUUUAUUACGAUUCUCAUCCAUAGUGUUUUCUUUUUAGAUUAUUUAUUUUAAAUCAAGCGUAAUACGUAAUACAUAAUAUGGCUGAAAGGGCAUAAAAGUUCUGAAUAUCAGAUCGAUCGAUGUAUCGUAAAUAAAAUGUUAAUAUCGAAACAUUUUCACUCGUUGAUGUGUACUUGAUCACGAUCCGCGUAUAAUAAUGUAAGCAAAGGUUUGUCGUGAAAAAAUGUCAGAUACUUUCAAAUGUAUGUCACAAAUUUAAAAAUCAUCUUGAAACUUCUCAUGCGUUUAUUUGUCUUGACGAAUUUGUUUUGUUUUUUAUUUCUUAUAUUUUCUUUGGAAGGAUUCAAACCAAACUUGAGAUAAUAGUCUCAAGAUUUCAUGCACAAUCUAUCUACACAGUACUCUGAAGUAAUGUUCGCCAGAUAAAAUAUCUCGUUGCGUGAAAGAGCAAGAUCAUACUAUUUUCGUAGUUAAACGUAAAAGACGAUAUCUGAAAUUCUAUUUUUCUGUUAUCUAAGGUUCGUUCUCAUAUUCGCAGUCUUCGCACUAAAAGUCGCUGUAGCCAUAAAACAACAGAACAUUGUGUUAAAUGUGUAAUAAAUACAUAAAUAUCGAACGCUUAAAUCUACUACAUCUGUUUCUCAAAAAGGUUACACUUUAUUAAAAUCAAUGAACGAAUAAACAGAAAUGUACGAUGUAAAUACUGAACACGCAUACGUGCAUCCAGUCGUGCGACUAAAUAUGGAUAGUAAACAAAUUCUAAUGAAGCCUAUUCGAUAAAUAUAACAGAGACCAAGGAACUAGAAAACAAAUACGAUUACAAGGCAAACGUUCGUUUAAUAAACAUACCAAACGGCGAACAUUUAUCGAACAAACACACCACACUUCGAGUAGCUAUUCGACGAAUCAAUCGCAGUAUCGAACGUAUACAAUGUUUAAACAAAUUUAAUGGAAGAUAAACAUCCAUCGAACGAGCCUGUAACGUAGCUUCGAAAGAUUACAAAUCAGUAUACCGAAUAGUUGGUCGUUCAAAGCGCUAAACGAUUCAAUUGUCAUCGCAUUAAAUCAAUAUCUCGAAGGAUAAUUUGAAAAACGGAAAGAAAAAAAAAAGACACGAAACAUCCAUUGAACGAAGCAAAAUUAAAAAAUCAGCUCACUGAUCAAAGUUUAUAGUUGCGACUACAAAGCGAUUCAAUCCCUCUACCUCCAUGAAUCGAUAUCAGAAAGGAUAAUCCACGAAAUGGAAGUACAGAAAGCACGAAAUAUCACGACGGAUAAACUAGAAUAAAACGAAGAUAAAGAUAGCACAUCGUAACAAGAAACAAUUCGCCGAUUCUUCUAAAUAGUAUACAUAUCAUGACGCUUUAAAAUAACUCAAGUACUUACUCUCUCAAAGAAAAAAAAAAAAAAAAAAAGAAAAUAAAAAAGAAGAAAGUGACGGGAGAGCUUUUUUUCUUUUUGUUUCAUUAAGCCAGACUUCGAAGGAUCGAUCCAAGUUCCCGAUAAGAGUAACCCAUGAUAUAAUAAAAAAAAAAGGGAAAAAAGAAAGGAAGGAGGAAAAAAAGGGGAGAGGGGAAAAAAGGAGAAAGAAAUGUACAGGAAAACCUUACUACGAGUUAGCACAGUACGGUAUCAGGGGAGCGACAUGUGCUGUAUCCAAGGACUCUGUACAAAGAAGCAUACACAAACAGACACGCAUACACACACAUAUCUAAAUCAUACUCACACGCACAGACCUAUGCACACACGUUCGUUGACCACCGCCCUUUUACACGUUUUAUCGGUCUUUUUGACUUUGUAGAUAGUGGUACGACUUUUCUUACACAUGCCAGGCGACGUCGACGACCUCCGGCCUCCGGAAUACAGUUUUUGUCUAUCGGACACCGGAAGUCAUCGUCGUUCGAUCACGAUUAUUGCUAAUCUCGUUAUUAUUAUUACUUAUCAUUACGGUUAUAUACAUUUAAAGAAAAAGAAAAAAAAAAGGAAGAAAAGGAAAGAACGGAGACGUUGAAAAAAGGUGAUAGAGGACUAAAUCGAGGAACAUACAUAGAUACACGACGAUGAUGAGGAGCUCGUAACGUCACGCCGUGUUCUGGUCGGAGCAUCGUUUCUUUCGAAAUUCCGGCGUGACGUCACCUUCAUUAUUGUAUUUAAUAGCAUUAUAAUUUAUUCUUGUAAUAUCAUUAUCGUUAUCGCUGCGAUUCCCGUGAUCAUCGUCGGCCACUUCCAACUUCUCAGUUCCAACAGGGUGGAAACGCAUUUCUCUCCCGGCGUUUAGAAACACGAGGAUCGAUGAAAUAAUAAAUUACUUGAGAGAAACGUAAUACAAAUGGGGGUAUUUCCGCGAAGAAACGGACCCGAGGGAGGGUAGACUCAAGUUGCGUUUGCGAUUUGGACUGUGGCGUGAUGUGGCCGACGAUCGUGACGCGUGAUCGAGAGAGUGAGAGAGAGAGCGAAAGAGAAAAAGAGCGAGAGGGAGAGAGCAAGAGAGAGAGAGAGAGAGAGAGAGAGAAUAGAGGCGAAAAUGAAAACAAAUUGAGAAAAUGAAAAAGCGAAUUAUAUAUCUAUUAUUGUAUCGAGAGUUGUGCGCUGCGUUUGCGAUUUAAGCUAGUUCGUUUGUAAAUAAAGACUAUUUAACUCUUUGA